AUGUCUGCGAGCUCUCUGGUCAGCGAUGAGAAGCCGGACGGCGGAAGCAAAGUCGAAGAAUCCCAGCGCGACACAUUUCUCGCGGAGCGCCGAGUGGCGGCUUCGAGAUUGCUCAGGGAAUUCCCUGAUUACGUCCCGACAAUGCUGUGGCUGGGCGGCCGCAUGCGCGCGGAGGGGCGGCUGCUGGUGGCGCGCGCACUGUGCGUGGGACACGUGACGCUGCUGCUGCGCCCGCUACUGCGCUUGGGGCCCCUCGCCGCCGCCCCUCUCUUCCUCUGGGCGCGCGGCCGGCCGCUGCCCCCACUCGCCUCCUUCCGAUUUCUCUACGAGGUAUCCGUCGCCGCCGGAGCCCGACGAGCAGGUCUUGAGCCACGCGCAUACGGACUU